UUGCCACCUACUUAUUAAUGAUGGUAUUCUCUUGGGCUAAUAAUGUUCUUUCUGCAGGGAGCAUAUGUUUCAUAGCAUUCUCAAUCGUAGACAUGACCUAUUCAUUGCCUACGACGUUAUCUGCCAGACCAUAUCCAUCGAACUAUACUUGUACAGACUGUUGUGAUUUACAGUUAUGUAUGGGACUCGACAAUGGACCACUGAGUACUAAUUCUGGGGACUUUACCGACAAGUUUUGCAGUAAGACAAACAUUGCCAUUAUGCCAACCUGUUUUACAAAGCACAACUUAGACAACUGUUCCUACAUGAAAAAACUUGUCUCCAUAAUACCAUCUUCUGAUAAGAUGUCAGAAGGCUUUAUACAACUCUGCAAACAAAAAGGAGAGAUGAAAGCUAUAUCUUCUUGUUUGACAAACAGUAGUAUAGGAUCAGAAGACCUAGUCAGAUGCCAGAUACCUUACAUGAAUGCUUUGAAGGAUAAAGACAGCGACGUCUGCGAGACAAUUAGUACAAUGUCUCAAUGUGUAUUAUCGCUGUUAAAAACUACGAACUGCAGUGACAACAUUGGUAAAAACUAUGAACAAUCAAUGGAAUUACAAAAGGAGAAAUAUUCAUUUUGCACCAACGCAUCAGCUCAAAUGUGUAAUGUGCUGUAUAUUGUUAUUAUCAGUUUAAUGCUCAUCUGGAAUAAGAUAGCUUUGAAAAUAUGACAUUUGAAUAACUUUAGUUUGAAGCAAAGCAGACCUCACUAUGUGAUUUAUUUGGUAUAUAAUUUAAAUAACGUCAAAAAAUAAAUAACACUUGGUUCUAAA